CGAAGGCCCAACACUCACCGUGUCAGGAACCACGGGUCGGCUUCGCCGCCAAAAACCCCCAUCGUCGAAGAAUCGAGACACAGCGAGGCCGCAGCUCGGCUCCCCACUUGAUAAAAUCCAUGGCAGGACUUUGAAGCAAGCCCGACCGAGAUCGCUCCCUGGAUUCCUGAAUGACCUACAAGGCUGGGAGUACCUGCUUAAAGAGAAAGAUCAGAGAAUGAAGGGUCAGUCCCAUGAGAGUAGUAGACCGGGAUCCUUGAGGAAUGCUGGAAGGGUUGAUGUGCAUAGAGGACCUCUGAAAAAGGUUCCUGCAGAUGAAGUUAAGAAUAAGAUUAAUGCUGUUUCAGAAGCUUCUUCCAGGAACCUUGAUGAACGAUACAAUUAUUUGAAAUAUCCAGAUGCAGUCAGCCAUAUGUCUAGCAGCUUCUACAGCGAGGAAAAAUUACCUGAUGCGGCUUCGGAAAAAGAGCUCGGCAAUGAGUAUUUCAAACAAAAAAUGUUCCUUGAAGCUAUUGAGUGUUACUCAAGAAGCAUUGCUUUAUCCCCCAUGUCAGUUGCUUUUGCAAAUAGAGCCGUGGCAUAUCUCAAACUUAAAAGAUUUGAAGAGGCUGAGAGCGAUUGCACUGAGGCCUUAAAUUUAGAUGAUCGCUAUGUUAAAGCAUACUCACGUCGAGCUACAGCCAGGAAAGAACUUGGAAAACUUAAAGCAUCCUUGGAAGAUUCUGAGUUUGGCAUGAGACUUGAGCCUAAUAAUCAAGAGCUCAGGAAGCAGUAUACCGCGACGAAGGCAUUGUAUGAGAAGGACAGCAAAGGGAAAACACAUAAUCAGCCUUUGAUUGCUGUGAACGAUACAGAUAGUGAAAGUACUGAAAAGGAGACCAGAGAACGUUUAUUGGAUGAAUCAAGGGAAGGAGCAGGACUCAGUUCCAGUAAUGCCAUUACCAAGAAAGAUCAAGUUGUUGGCCACAAACAAGAGCUGAAAGCAUCAAUGCAGGAUCUUGCAUCUCGUGCUGCUUCUCGAGUGAUGGCCACUGCUGAUAAAAGUAUUACAGCACCAAAAACUGCUUAUGAAUUCGAGGUUUCUUGGAGGGCACUUUCUGAUGAUUAUGCUCUGCAAACUCAGUUGCUGAAGACAAUCCUGCCAACUACUCUACCGCAGAUAUUUAAAAAUGCACUAUCUGCUCCAAUUCUGAUGGAUAUCAUCAAGUGCAUCACCACAUUUUUCAAGGAAGACACUGAAUUGGCUGUUAGUAUUUUAGAUAAUUUGGCUAAAGUUCCUCGAUUUGACAUGUUAGUCAUGUGCAUGUCAGCUAUGGAUCGUUCUGAACUCCGGCAGAUAUGGGAGGAAGUGUUCUCCAGUGAGGACAUCGCAGCGAAUCACAUGGAAACACUCAGUCAACUUUGUUCGAGAUACUGCUAUGGAGACUGGCAGGAUCAUGUACAUGGAUCAAAUGGUUGGCCCAUAUAGAAGCGAUUCUACAAGUUCGUGCCAAAAGAAUGUAAUUUGUAUGGAAGAUAUGGCUGCUGAUACUUUUUAAUGCUAUGUGCUUUUUGAGAGAGACAAUGUUCCAUUCUUGAAUUUACAUAUGAAAUCUUUCUCUGGAAUCAAGCAUGCUCUAUCUGUCCUACCUGUUUUAUAGCAUUCCUAUCAUGUCCUGAUACAAUGAAAAGGUUUUAUACAUGCAA